AUGCUAUUAAAGGUCGACUUCCCCUACACUAAUAAUGUGGCCGAAUGCGAGGCAUGGAUCAUCGGCCUACAAGCGGCGAUCGACUUCAAGGUGAAGGAACUGGAAGUGUUCGACGAUUCUAUACUUACAAUUUUCCAGAUGUUGGGGCAAUGGAAGACGAAUGACGCAAAGCUAGUGCUAUAUCAUGAGUAUCUCGAGGAGUUAGCGGAGAACUUCGAGAAAAUCUCAUUCACAAACACACCGCGCAUCAAGAAUCAAUUUGAAGAUGCACUUGUGACGCUCGCAUCCAUGGUGAGCAUCACAAAAGAAAACCUCAUCGAGCCUGUCAAAAUCGAGAUUGCCAAAGGCCCUGCUCACUGUGAUGCAAUUGAGGUGAACGAUGAACAGCCAUGGUACGAAGACAUCAAACAUUUUCUACGAACUAGCCAAUACCCAACAUUCGCCAACCGAUGCGACAGAAAAAUACUUUGGCGACUCGCAGCACAUUACUUCUUGAGUGGAGAGGUUCUUUAUCGUCGUUCUUUCGAUGCCACACUACUCCGGUGUGCCGAUGAAAUCGAGGCACAACGCCUUAUGGGAGAGAUACAUUAG